AUGAAAAUUUUUGAAGCCUUAUUAGAGCUCCAAAAUACGUUGUUAAAGUAUUAUCUGGCAACCAUACAGUAUCUAUACCAGGAAUUGCUAACUCUAUUUGAAAAUAAGGUUUCUAUUGAUGUGGAAAAACCUGAUUUGGAAAGAAUAAGUUUCUAUACAUCGCUUAUUGAAAAAUAUCAAUACCAAAUUAUACAGUUGACAGAUUUUAACAAGGGUCAUACGAUUUACAUAACCUUGCAACAGAUAAUCAACAGUGGUAUACAAGACGUACUCGGCAGCAUCACUGCUUUGCGUAAUCUGGAACAAAAAUUAAUCAGAGCUUCAAGUGAAGCAUUGUUAAUUCAACCGGGAAUUGAGGAAAAAUUAAAAUGGAUCAUUGAUGAAAACAACCAUUUACACAAGUUUCAAAAUGACCAAGACGAAUACCAAACUUUUCUUGCGAGAUUGAAAAAUGAAAUAAAUAAUGUUCCGCCACCACAAUAUACUUGUCAAACGCUAAAUAAAUUUGUUGAAGAUAUUGUCCAUGAGUAUUCUUUAAACAUUCCAAUUCUCGAAAUUGUUAUUGAAAAGUUGAAUAGAAAUUACAAUGAGGAAGAACUAUUUUUAGAAAAAUUACAAAAUAGCAUUUUGCAACUUAUCUUGGAGCAGGAGGUUGACACUUCCAGUGUAUCCUUCACAGAACAAGAAAUUAAAGUCAUAGAUAUAAUGGAAAUACUCACUGCCCACAUUGAUUUUUUCAAACGAUUGUCCAAGAUCUAUAUCAAGUUUGACAAAUUGUUGCUUCAAAAGUUGAAGCUUGACAAUUUGCCUGCUCCUGAAUCUGUUGACCUCAAGACUCAUGUUACCAAGAAACUUGACAAUUUUAUUAAAAAUUUAGUUGCAGGAGGGACCGUAGGAUUGAGUACAGAACAAACUUACCUUUUGGUUUUUAGCUUUAUUCAAAACAUUGCAUUUCAGUUUCAAACUUUUAAUGAAAACUAUAUAGGGUAUAUUCCUGAUAAUAGACCUGGAAGAUAUGGUGAUGACGAAUCAUUUUGGACAUUGGUUAAAGAAUACAUUGCAAGUUUGCACCGGGUCACCAAGUUCUUAGAAGAUCCCAAUGGAUGUGGUCACGAUGUAAAUAUUAUUAUGGGCAAUGCAAAAGAAGAGUUUGAACAAUUGGAAAGUGAGGCCAGAGAGUAUUUCUUUGCAUUGUUACCCUUUGAAAGAAUUUUUGAAUGCGAUGAAAAGAUUGUGAAUUAUCAAUUGGGUGAAAAAAGCGUAUAG